AUGAGUAAGAACAACAAAAUCAACAAAGUUAUUAAAAUUGGACUAGUGGGAGAUGGAGCUGUGGGGAAGACGACGUUUUUACUGUCAUACACUGCUCAGUCAUUUUUAACUGAGUAUACACCGACUAUAUUUGACAAUUUCUGUCAAAUUGAAUCUGUCGGCAAUGACGUGUUUAACGUGUCGUUGUGGGAUACGGCAGGUCAAGAUGAAUACUCGACAUACCGAGCCGGAUGUUAUAGUAACUGUUCAUUCGAUGUCUUCCUCUUGUGCUUCAGUGUGGUUCAAAGGUCGUCCUUCAAAAAUAUUAAAAACAAGUGGAUUUUGGAACUCAAGAAAAAUGCCCCUUCUGUCCCCGUCAUAGUUGUCGGGACACAGACCGAUCUCAGAAAUGAGAAGGACAAGGAACACAUCUCUAAAAAGGAAGUUUGUUUUCGACUUAAUAACACACAGGGCGAAAAAAUGGCGAAGGAAUUAAAAGCAAAGAGGUAUGUCGAAUGCUCUUCGAAAAGUUAUGAAACGACACACGACGUUGUUCUUGCUGCUAUUGAUGACUACCUUGACAAAGAAAAGGAGAUGGUAGCAAAGAUCAAGAAGCAGUACAAGAAGGAGAUAGAAGAGGAAGAGAAGAUGAUGAAAAUCAUGAAAAAGGAACUUGAAAAGCAACGCGCACAAGAGGAGAAGGAGAAGAAAGAAGCCGAUAAGAAAGAAGAAAAGAAAGACGCCGCUCCACCAAAAGAAGAGAAAAAGGAAACUAAAGAGCAACAACAGUAA